AUGGCAACGGAAGGCGAACCAGAUGACUCUUGGAUAAGCUCUCUGCUCGCUUUGUCCCCCUUCGCACGCAUCGUCGAAUUCUUCUCGGCAGAAAUUGGCGACGGUGGUAAUCAACGGAUGCAGCGAAAAGAUUUCAUGUACAACUUUUACCAUGACAUGAAUGCACAUCAAAAAGAUCAUAUGAACUCCGUGGUAUGGGGAGGUUCGGAUCAUAACGUCCAACCUGUUCAUAGUUCAGUGCGGGAUCUGUGGUUUGAUGCUGCGAAGACUGAAUUGGAAGCUAGAAAUGCGAAUCCCCAUAAUAUUGAGGAGGUUUUCAGUUGGAACGGGGUUCCUAUUCUCUUUGGAUGUCUGGAUUGCCACCGUACACGAGGAUGGCUUGCGUGA